UUCAUCAUCGAAUUUGAUCAUUACAACCACUUGAAGCUGCACAGCAUAAAUUCCUCAAAAUCACGCAUUGGUUAGAUUGUUUGAAACUGCUUUGGAACGUAUGCCAAGUGAAGAUAACAAGGUUGUGAUUAGAGCAGAUGAACGACCUGUUGAAGCACAUGAACGCCAAUUGAACGCCCUUACAAUAGACGAAGUGGCAAUCGUGAUUGUAGGUGAUAUUGUUCUUACGCGUCGCAAUACUGGAGAAUUGCAGCGAAUAUAUGAAACACACCGUUCAUACGAUGCUCUGCAAUAACCGCUAAUGUUUUGGAGAGGUGAUGAUGGAUAUCAUUUCAACAUCAAGAUGAUAAAUCCAUUGAAUGGUCAGGAAACUACCAAGAAAGUUAGCUCGAUGAAUUAUUUUGCAUUUCGUUUAAUGGUUCGUCAAAAUGCUGAUAACUAUUUGCUGAGAUUUCGUCGAUUGUUGCAGCGGUAUUGUGUGGACAUGUAUUGUAAAAUUGAAACGGAGCGCCUCACUUAUAUCAGAAUUAAUCAAUCUGAACUACGUUCAGAGGAAUAUAUUCAUUUACGAGAUGCAAUAUCCACCGAAGAAGAUGCAGCUAAUGUAGGUAGAUUGACAAUUUUACCAGCAACUUAUAUUGGCAGCCCGCGUCAUAUACAUGAAUAUGCACAAGAUGAAAUGACAUACGUUCGAAAUUAUGGUCGUCCUGAUUUGUUCAUUACAUUUACCUGCAAUCCAAAAUGGGAAAAAAUCACUCAACUACUUCUUCCCGGACAAACAUCAGUUGAUUGACAUGACGUCACUGCACGAGUGUUCAAACAAAAAGUGAAGUCGCUAAUGGAUUAUAUUACAAAACAUCAUGUCUUUGGGGAUACUCGAUGCUGGAUGUAUUCAAUUGAAUGGCAAAAACGAGGCCUGCCACAUGCACACAUUAUCAUCUGGUUAGUAGAAAUAAUUCGACCAGAACAGAUAGAUGACGUUAUAUGUGUCGAGAUUCCUGAUCAUGUGAAUGAUCCUGAACUGCAUCAUAUUGUAGUUACUAACAUGAUGCAUGGACCAUGUAGCAUCAUAAAUCCCCAAUCACCAUGCAUGGUUAAUGGAAAAUGUUCAGGGCGUUAUCCAAGAGAUUACACUCCGGACUC